GUGACGGGUCCAAGUUUUACUGCAGUCGGACACAAAAUGAAGGUCAUCCGAAAUGGUUCGUUCUGGGUGUUGGACAAGUCAUAAAAGGGUUAGACAUUGCUAUGAUGAAUAUGUGUCCUGGAGAAAAACGGAAAGUCAUCAUUCCUCCGUCAUUAGCAUACGGACAGCAAGGAUAUGCACAGGGCAAGAUUCCACCCAAUGCAACAUUGAUCUUUGAGAUUGAACUUUAUGCAGUAAACAAGGGACCUCGCAGUGUUGAAGCAUUUAAGCAAAUAGACAAGGAUGGUGACAAGAAACUCUCUGAACUUGAGAUAAGCCAGUAUUUGAAAGAAGAAUUUGCAAGAGAUGGCAAAAAACGUCAUCCCUCAGUCCAUGAUGAAAUCUUAGCUGAUAUAUUUAAGAAGAAUGACCAUGAUGGAGAUGGUUUCAUAUCAGCAAAGGAGUACAAUGUCUACCAGCAUGAUGAACUCUAAGUUCUUAAAAAAUCUUUGGUUGUUUUCUGGACACUGAAUUUUAAAUAAUGAUACUUUGUUACAGAAUUUUUUGGGUUUUUUUUAUAGUGGCAUCUUUUUAUAUCUCUUAAGGUGACUGUAAAAGUCUGGGGUUUAACACUCAACUAAUAAAAUGUGUUAGAUAUUUCAGAAGAAAGAAAUAAAAUUGGAAAACACC